AUGGCUUCUAUCACAACUCCCGGCAAUCCGCCGGUUACUUUGGAUACUAUUACCCAGCAGAUUGGUAACACACCCCUUGUGCGAUUGAAUCGUCUGCCCCGCACCCUGGGAAUCGAUGCCACUGUCUACGCCAAAUUGGAGUACUUCAAUGCCGGUGGCAGUGUCAAGGAUCGCAUUGCCCUUCGCAUGAUUGAAGAAGCUGAGCGAUCUGGUCGCAUCAAGCCUGGUGAUACUCUCAUCGAGCCCACCAGUGGCAACACUGGUAUUGGUCUGGCACUGGUUGGUGCUGUCAAGGGCUACAAAACCAUCAUAACUCUCCCAGAGAAGAUGUCCGCCGAGAAAGUCUCAGUUCUGCGUGCCUUGAACGCAACUAUCAUCAGAACCCCCAAUGAAGCUGCCUUUGACUCGCCCGAGUCCCAUAUCGGCGUGGCCCGACGCCUGGAGAAGGAAUUGCCUAACGCUCACAUCUUGGAUCAGUAUGAGAACCCCAACAAUCCGUUGGCACACGAGCUUGGCACUGCCGAGGAGAUCUGGACUCAGACCAAUGGCAAGAUCAGUGCUAUUGUCGCCGGUGCUGGAACCGGUGGUACGAUCACCGGUCUAGCCCGUGGCCUGCGGAAGCACAACCCCGAUAUCAACGUUAUCGCCGCUGAUCCCUUUGGUUCUAUUCUCGCUCUACCUUCCUCCCUCAACGAAGCUCGUGCCAAUGAGCCUUACAAGGUCGAGGGUAUUGGGUAUGAUUUCAUCCCCGAGGUUUUGGACCAAGAUGCCGUGACCCAGUGGAUCAAGACCGAAGAUAAGGAGUCUUUCAAGUACUCCCGACGUCUGAUCGCCGAGGAGGGUCUGCUAGUCGGCGGUAGUAGUGGCAGUGCCAUUGCUGCUCUGGUCAAGGCUAACGAGGCCAAGAAGUUCUCUAAGGACGAUGUCGUUGUUGUGAUUCUUCCCGACAGCAUCAGAAGUUACCUCUCUAAGUUCGCCGAUGACGACUGGCUCGCAGCUAACGAUCUGCUCCCAUCGCUCCCCGCCGUUGCAUCGACCACUCAAACCCAGGAGCCCGAGUCUAACCCUCUGGCCAAUGCCAAGGUUAGCGCCUUGCGCUUGAAGCCCAUCACCACCGUGACAGCCAACUCCCCUUGUGAGACUGCUAUCGAGGUUAUGCGCGACCGAGGUUUCGACCAGCUUCCUGUCCUUGCCCCCUCUGGGCGCAAGCUCGUCGGUCUCGUUACGCUAGGCAAUGUUCUGAGCCGACUGACGCACGGCCGGGCCUCCGGCCAGAGCCCCGUUUCCGAUGUCAUGUUUGACUUCUCUAAGAUCUCCGAGGUGGUCACCGACCCCCGUGAUCUCUCCAAGGGAAUGGACUCCCUCAAGCCCCAGACCCGGAGUCGCAGCUUCAUUGAGAUCACUAUGGAUACCCCUCUCAGUGUCCUGAACCGCUUCUUCGAGUGGAACAGUGCUGCGGUCGUGACCGAGAAGGACGCAAGUGGUGCGAUGAAGCCAUUGGCCAUCGCUACCAAGGUCGAUCUGCUCACUUGGAUGCUACACCAGUCCAAGGCGAACAAGGCCUAA